CAAUCUCCUUUGUUCUUUGUUUGCCUUUUCCUUCUCUCUUCCACUGCAACCUCAUCAUUCUAUGCUAAUCUCACCUUUAUCUUUAUUCUUCUUUUUCUUCCCUUCCUUUGCAGCUGAACUCUAACCCAAUUUUCAUUUUCAACCUCACUCGCUUUCACCUUCCGAGAGAAAGUGACUGAACAUUUUGGUCAUUGAUCCAAUUGCUUCCAUUUCCUUCGAUGGCGACUCAAACAGCCUCCUCCUCCUCCUCUUCUUCUCGUAAGUAUGAUGUGUUUCUGAGUUUUUGCGGCGUUGACACCCGUAAGAAUUUCACAGACCAUCUCUAUACUGCUUUGAAACAAAAGGGUAUUAUCACCUUUAGGGACGAUGAGAAGCUUGAGCGUGGAAAAUAUAUAUCUGAAGAGCUCUUGAAAGCAAUAGAAGAGUCUGAUCAUGCAAUCAUCGUUCUCUCAAAAAACUAUGCUUUUUCAAGGUGGUGUUUGAUUGAACUAGCAAAGGUUGUUGAAUGCACGAAGAAGACCGGGUUGAUAGUUUUUCCUGUGUUUUACCAUGUUGAUCCCUCUGACGCACGGAACCAGACAAGAACUCUUGGUGAAGCCUUUACUAAACAUGAGAAAGAUCCCAAGGUUAACAUAAAUGAUGUACAAGAGUGGAAAGCUGCUUUAACAAAAGUGGGAAAUAUCUCUGGAUGGCAUUUACAUGACGGACAUGAGUCAAAAGUUAUUGAAGAGAUGGUUGGAAAAAUACUUGGUAAGUUGAAUUCUACAUACUCAAUUUCUCACAAGGAUCUUGUUGGAAUAAACUCUCGUAUGGAUGAAUUGGUGGAUUUAUUAGGCAUGGGGUUGAAUGAUGUUCGCUUUAUAGGAAUUUGGGGAAUGGGAGGAAUGGGUAAAACAACUUUAGCAAAAGUUGUUUAUGAUAGAUUUCAUGAUCGUUUUGAAGGCAGCAGCUUUCUUGCCAAUGUUAGAGAAGAAAGUGGAGAACGUGGUCUAGUUUCUUUACAAAAACAACUGCUUUCUGAUUUCUUGAUUGAAAUGAGUAUUGAUUUUUCAGAUGUUCAAAGGGGAAUCAAUGUGAUAUUGAAAAGAUUAUGUCAUAAAAAGGUUCUCAUCAUUCUUGAUGAUGUGGAUCGACCUGAUCAAUUAGAAGCACUAGUAGGAGAACAAAGUUGGUUUGGUCAAGGAAGUAGAAUUAUUAUUACAACUAGAGAUCAACAUCUAUUAAUCAGACAUGAAGUGGCUAAAGCUCAAAUAUACAAAGUUAAGGAAUUAAACAAUGAUGAAUCUCUUAAGCUCUUUAGUCAAAAAGCCUUCAAGAAAGAUCACCCUCUAGUAGGUUACGAAGAGUUGUCUCAGAAGUUUAUAUAUUAUGCUAAAGGCCUUCCUUUAGCUCUUAAAGUUUUGGGUUCCUUCCUAUAUUGUAGAGAUCUAAAUUUAUGGGAAAGUACCCUAGCUAGAUCUAAAGAAAAUCCUCCAAAAGAUAUUCUAGAUGUGCUUGAAAUAAGUUUUGAUAGCCUAGAGGAAAGAGAGAAAAGCAUUUAUUUAGAUAUUGCUUGUUUCUUCAAUGGGAAGGACAGAGGUUAUGUAACAAAACUACUACAAAUUCUCUAUGACAAGCCAGACAUUGAUAUAGAUGUUCUAUUAAAAAAAUCUCUUAUAACCAUAUCAAGGGAAUACUUUGAGAUGCAUGAUUUACUACAAGAAUUAGGUAGGGAAAUUGUUCGUCGUGAAUCUCCUCAAGAGGCUGGUAAACGUAGCAGGUUGUGGCAUAGUGAGGAUGUCCUACGUGUACUAAGAGAAAAUUCUGGAACCAAAUCAGUUAAAGGCAUAUUCCUUUGGUCACCUCCCAAAAAAGAGAAACACUUGAAUGUUAAAGCCUUCUCAAAGAUGAAAAACUUGAGAUUACUAAAAAUCAGCAAUGUGCACCUUCCUCAAGGCCUCAAUUAUCUUUCUAGUGAGUUGCGUUCAAUUCAUUGGGCUGGAUAUCCUUUAGAAUCGAUGCCAACUAGUUUUGAGCCAGAAAAACUUGUUGAACUCAUUAUGCGCAACAGUCUUAUCAAACAACUGUGGAAAGGAUUCAAGAGUUGUGACGAGCUAAAAUAUAUUGACUUGAGUGACUCGGAAAACUUGAUUAAGAUCCCAAACUUGAGUGGAGUUCCAAAUCUUGAGCAAUUGAUUCUUCAAGGUUGUACAAAAUUGCAUAGGAUUCAUGAAUCUCUUGGAAAUCUCAAACGACUUAUUCAAUUGGAUCUGAAAAAUUGCAAAUGCCUUGAGAGACUUCCACACAAGAUCAACUUGGAAGCUCUUGAAACUUUUAUUCUUUCAGGUUGUUCAAGACUAAAGAAGUUUCCAGAGGUUGUGGGAAAUAUGUCAUGUUUGUUAGAACUUUCCUUGAAUGAGACUGCUAUAACAGGGCUACCGAUAUCAAUUGAGCAUUUAAUUGGCCUUAUUAAAUUGGAUCUAAGAGACUGCAAAAACCUUUCAAGUCUUCCGAAUGGUUGUUAUAGUUCAAUGUCUCUAAAAAUUCUUAAUUUAUCUGGCUGCUCAAAACUCGAUGAAUUGCCGGAAAAUUUGGGAAAAAUCAAAGGUUUGGAGGAGUUAGACUUGAGUGGAACUGCUAUAAUGCAAUCUAGAAGAAGUCCAAAUCCCAUGGGCAUGCUAGAGCGUUCUUUAAUAGGCUUAUGCUCUUUGACCAAGCUUAAUCUAGGUUAUUGCAAUGUUCAGACAAUUCCUAAUGUUCUUGGGUGCUUGCCAUCUUUAGAAAAUUUAAAUUUAAGGGGAAAUAAUUUUGUUUGCCUUCCUGAAAGUAUCAUUCAACUAUCUAAUCUGAGAUAUCUUUGUGUGGGUGGUUGCACUCAUCUUCGAAUGUUGCCCAAGCUUCCAUUAAAUAUUGAUUAUAUUGAUGCAACAGAGUGUACCUCACUGGAAACAUUAUUGUUAAGACCAGAAUACGAUUUUCGGCCGAAUUUUCGUCUUCGCAAUUGCGACAAAUUGAUCAAGAAUCAAGGCUACGAUGACCUAGCUUCAACAUUGCUAAGACAUCGUAUCAUUAAUCCUCCCGAGGAUUACUUGUUGAAUUGUGUCGAGAUUCCUGGAAGUGAAAUUCCGAAAUGGUUUAGAUACCAAAAUGGGGGGGCUUCAGUGAAUCUGCAAGUGCCCUCAGAUUUAUUAUGUAACAAAUUGAUGGGAAUUGUUGUGUGCGCUGUUUUUGUAUUCCGCCAGCAACAUCCACUUCACCAACUUCAUAAUCAAGAUCAUGGACAUAUGAUAGGUUCACCUGCGAUUAAUUGUUAUAUUGGUAACGGUAAAUAUUUUACGAGCAUUUGUUUUGCCCAGGAAUUUUUUAAGAUUGAAUCAUAUCAGCUUUGGCUGGAAUAUUUCCCCUCUACAUACGUGGGAGUGGACUUGAAAGAAAUAUUGAAUAAAGUCGAUGCUAAUGGAUUCAGCCAGAUUGAAGUUAAAUUUAUACCCGAAGGUCCAGGCUUGGAGGUUACAAAAUGCGGGGCCCAUUUGGUAUUCGAGCAAGACAUUGAAGACCUAAUAAACCAAACUAAGGCUGGGUCUAGCAGCUGCAUCAUCACUCCUUAUGAUCAGGAUGGUCUUGAGGAUUCAGAAAAAGAUACCACACCCAAAUGGGGAAACCGUGAUGACUCCGAUGGGGAAGGGGCUGGACCUAGUGGAGAAGCUACCUCUAAUGAUGUAGACGAACCACACCCAAAGAGGAUAAAAGACUCCCUAAUCUGAUUGAAAGAUUAAUUCCACGUUUGGGAAAUUGGCUUGGGAAUUCAAGCACACAAGAACAAGGUGACUCUGACUGCGAGGAAGAGAAAUCCCAGUGAAAUUGGUAGCUUUGAUGAAAUUGGCUGAUCAACUUUCUUGUCUUUUGACUUUUUCUACCUCAUAUUGGAUACGAAGAAGUAUUUAUUUGGACUUUGUUGAAAAGGAGAAACAGUCACGUUGCUGGCUGACGAAAAAGCAUGUGGAACUGAUUGUAUGGUAGUCAUUUUUGUUCAAUUGUGUUAGAUGGUGCAUUGAUGUGGCAGUCCUAUAUAUUGUGUGGUUCACGUCCAGAUUGGUUGAAUCAAUACAAUUGCAUGGAAGCUUCUAUUGCUAGCAACUGCCAAAGCUUGAAGGUGCAGAAGUGUAGGCUUUGUCACGGCUACAUGACUUCUUUAUCUGAUAACUGGGGUCUCAUUUGUCAAUUGAUGGUUGAUAAUGGAGAAAGAUAUAAGCAAAAUUGUUUGUGAAGCAAGACCCUGUAGAUUUAGAAGCUAUGUUGAAGAAGUUUAGCCUAAAAGACUCAGAUUACACGUUGAUUCCAUGCUUAAGGACGAGGGAAAACAAGAUGUACAAUAUCCUCUUGCAUUGCUGCCUUCAUUACUUUUGAGCUUUUCCUUCUAAGCUACUGAAACCAAGAUCAGAUAAAUGGACCAUGGAAUGCUUGACAGCAGAGAUGAUCGUCCUAUUGCCAGUAGUACGGGUUUUGGUGCUACGACCACCACUACACGGUCUUUGGGUGUCUCUGGGGUUGAGGUUGAUGAUGAUGAUGGAGUGGAACAGGUUUCAGAAACUCAAAAGAUCAAAAAAGAUCCCACAAAGAUCACCUGAAAGCAUGUGUAUGUAUACAUAUUCAUCUAAAUAUUUGUUUUUGUGUAUGUGACUAUUUCUCUGUUUGGCUGCAAGGAAACUUGAGGAAAAUUAAUGUAGAAAGGAUACAAAGCUUUGAAUUUUAUCUUGUUUUGAUGUUUUAGUUUCGGGGAAUCAUAAUGCUCGACUAAUAUGGGCUGAAAUAGUAGUGCUGGGCUUAGUUCUUGAGUUCUCAACUUUCUGAGUUUCUUUUGAAACAUAUAAAUUUUGUUUUCUUAUCCUGUAUUUUUCAUAGAAAUUGGACGAGUGACAAAAUUCUAGGGUUUAUUCUUUCUUAUGGUUUUGUUUUCAGAACACAUAAGCACGGCUCCAGCAAGCCAGUUGUGUUUGGCUUUGCUAGAAAUUUCUUUCCUUAACAUAAAUGCAUUUUUUUUACUAAGAAAGUAUAACUUAUUGUGGGACAAUGUGCCGAUUUGGAAUUGUGUUCAUAGAUCUCAUGUGCAUGAUUUGUACUGUUCUCCAGAGCAUAUGAUUUGUAAUGUUCUCUGUAUCUCAACCUGCGCUAUAAAAUAUAUUUUCAAAAGUUAUAUGAGCCCUUAUGUAUUAUUUAUUUUUCUUAAACUUAAACAAUGGUUUUUUAAUUAAGGAAAAAUGAUAGGAUGAGAAGCUUUAUACAAACCUCAAUGCUAGCAAACCACAGUUUUUGACAUUCUUAAUGUUCUGGUUCUUUGGUGGGUUUUUAAACAUACCUCAGUAAAUGAAACAGCCAAAGAAACUUUGUUCAUAGAUGCUAUGACUUUCAAUUAAUUCCCAAGCAUCUUUGUGUUUUCUAAUUUGGUGCUCCAAUUUUACUAGACAUCAAUUAGUUCUUCUUACAGUCAUUAAGGAUGUCCUUGCUGUAAAUUAGAAUUAUGCUUAUAUAUUGGCUCUCAAGCUGUCAAUUUUUUUUGUUUGGGGGGCGAGAAGUGUGCAGAUUGUUGUUGACACUGCGUCUCCUGCGGAUCAUGCUCAUGUAACUAGGCAAAUGCCAGUGAAUUCAGUGUUAUCUUCUGGAGGUAAAGAGGACUUGCUGAUGACCACAGAAAUGGUGGUUGGUGCUACUUCUGCUGAUGACUGUGCUGUCCUUUGAUGGGUUCAGCUGCUAAGUGGGGAAAGAGGCUUUUCAUAGGAUGUAUUCCAAUUGAAGCUACUAUGGAUAAUGUGCAGUUGCAUUUCAGUCAGUUUGGCCAUGCUUUGGACUUGUAUCUUCCCAUGGAUGAAAGAAUGGGCAGAGGUGUGUCCUAGAUGUCAUCAUGAUAUGCCUCUUGUCGGCUUUGGGAUGUGCUUGGGCCUAAUAGGCACUCAUGUGGGUAGCCGGAGUAUCAAAGGAAAGAGCCUCAUAAAUUCCUUAUUAUCUCAGAGAAACUAAAGAAUUCUUGGAGAGGUCAAAACAGAGGAAAGCAUAUGAAGAGUUUGAGAAAAGAUGUCAAGUUUAGGUUGAUGUUUAAAGAAAGUGGCUGCAACUUUAUCCUAAACAGAGUUCUCCAAUGUAACUGGUUUGUGCCUUGUUUCAUCCUUCAUGACCUCUGGUUAAAAGUUUGCUAGUAGCUGGGUUUGUGAUUGUGAUUGUUUUGUUUGUAAAAACAAGAUGUUGGGUAUGAUUAGCACCAAUCAGCGGCUGUAGUUUAGUCUAAAGACUCGCGUCUCUGUGAAGAAAUGGGUUGGGAUGAUAUAUUACUGUUUUCAUGCUAAGAAAGGAGUUUAUGUCAAGGCAGAUGCCUUUGUUGUAGUGGACUA